AUGGGCAGUGGAAUACAAACCUUGCAAGAACCCAAUGUUGACAUCUCUGAUGGAAUGUUCCAUGUGGUUCGCGUGAUUCGUAACAACGCUCAUAUGCAACUACAAGUGGACUCAGAGGAGGUUCGAGAAUACAAGUCAGAAGGCACAAGUGGAAACCACUUUAAUGAAGUGUAUCAAGUCUACGUUGGCUGUGAACCUUCCAGAGCGAUAUCAGACUCAUCAAACUAUGCUGGACCCACUUUCGUAGGAUAUAUCAGUGGUGUAAAUAUUAAUGGUGUAUUUCUGGCAGAUCUGCUAAUGGGCGAAACUAUCAGCGGGAUUUUUUACAAAGAUGGAAAGAACUUGUUAAUAGAUCCAACCUUUACCCCUAAAGUACGACAGAUAUCCAACCUCCCAGCAAAUGACAUGAGUGCUGAACAGCCACAUCAAAGCUCAUCCAAGCCUCUAACACCUCUAGUAGUGGCAAAACCAAAUUGUUACGAUAACGAGGCAAACCUUCGAAAUAAACUUGCUAGUUGCAAACCCCAAAUUCCCAAUGGAAUCAUUAUACCCCAAUGGAAUCUCCCACCUCCCAAGGACACUUCAUCAUCGUUGUCGUACCAGGAAAACUCGUGGAGUUCGCAUCAAAGCAUGACACAACACCACCAGGCACCGCAAACUGAUGAUAAUGAAUUCGUCGUCAAUAAUGGAAGGACCCACUCCACUGAUUCUGGCAAGAUUAUUCCUCCAUGGGGUGAUGAUCGUGCUCCACAAGAUGAUGAAAUUAGAUUCAAUCCUGGUGAUAGUAUUCCAAAUUUGGAGCAGCCUUCAGAAGUUAUGGGUAACAACCCACCAGGCAUCAUCAACUAUUUUCCCUCUCUCUACACAUGGCUCCUAUUGGCUGGAUGUGGUGCAGCUAUCCUCAUAAUUUUCCUUACAGUCGGCUAUGCAGUCUAUAAAUUCCGCCGAAGAAAUGAGGGCUCUUACAAUGUGGAAGAGAAUCGAACUUUCAUCGAUCAGCGAUCAACUUCAACUCUUUCCCCAACACCACUGCUGGCAACUCCGGUUGAACCCUCGACUGAACUAACAACACUUCAACGAUGUACACUAGUUGGAGCCGGGACCCCAAAUAAAGAGUGAUCUCCUGCUUUACUCUGGACAAUUUACUUGAUGAAUAACUCGAAACACAGCUACCUCUUAUGA